CGCGGAAGUAGCUGCUGGUGGUGGUGACCACGUCAAAUAACGACCUGGACGUUCAAGACAAACCCCCAGCCCCUCCCAUGAGAAACACCAGCACUAUGAUUGGAGCUGGUAGCAAAGAUGCUGGAACCCUAAACCAUGGUUCCAAACCUCUGCCUCCGAAUCCAGAGGAGAAGAAAAAGAAGGACCGAUUUUACAGAUGCAUCUUACCUGGCGAUAAAGCAAAUAAAAAGAAGGAGAAGGAACGGCCAGAGAUUUCACUCCCUUCAGAUUUUGAGCACAGGAUUCACGUUGGGUUUGAUGCUGUCACGGGGGAGUUUACCGGGAUGCCAGAGCAGUGGGCCCGCUUGCUUCAGACAUCAAAUAUCACUAAGUCGGAGCAAAAGAAAAACCCUCAGGCUGUCUUGGAUGUAUUGGAAUUCUAUAACUCAAAGAAGACCUCCAACAGCCAGAAGUACAUGAGCUUUACAGAUAAAUUAGCUGAGGAUUAUAACUCUUGUAACACUUUGAAUGUGAAGACCGUGUCUGAGAUCCCUGCAGUGCAACCGGUUUCAGAAGAUGAAGAUGACGAUGAUGAUGCUACACCCCCUCCUGUGAUUGCUCCACGCCUAGGGCACACAAAAUCUGUAUACACAUGGUCUGUGAUUGAACCAAUUCCUGUUACUCCAACUCGGGAUGUGGCCACAUCUCCCAUUUCACCUACUGAGAGCAAUACCACUCCUCCAGAUGCUCUGGCCCGGAAUACUGAGAAGCGGAAGAAGAAGCCUAAAAUGUCUGACGAAGAGAUCUUGGAGAAAUUACGGAGCAUAGUGAGUGUGGGCGAUCCUAAGAAGAAAUAUACACGGUUUGAGAAGAUUGGACAAGGUGCUUCAGGCACCGUGUACACUGCAAUGGAUGUGGGCACUGGACAGGAGGUGGCCAUUAGGCAGAUGAACCUUCAGCAGCAGCCGAAGAAAGAGCUGAUUAUUAAUGAGAUCCUGGUCAUGAGGGAAAAUAAGAACCCAAAUAUUGUGAACUACUUGGACAGUUACCUCGUGGGAGAUGAGCUGUGGGUUGUCAUGGAAUACUUGGCCGGAGGCUCUUUGACAGAUGUGGUGAUGGAAACCUGCAUGGAUGAAGGCCAGAUCACAGCUGUUUUCCGUGAGUGCAUGCAGGCUUUGGAGUUUCUGCAUUCCAACCAGGUCAUUCACAGAGGUAUCAAGACAACAUCAGACAACAUCCUGUUGAGAAUGGAUGUCUCUGUCAAGCUCACUGAUUUUGGGUUCUGUGCCCAGAUCACCCCAGAGCAGAGCAAACGGAGCACCAUGGUGGGGACUCUGUACUGGAUGGCUCCGGAGGUGGCGACACGGAAAGCCUACAGGCCCAAGGUUGACAUCUGGUCCCUGGGCAUCAUGGCCAUCGAAAUGAUUGAAGGGGAGCCCCCAUACCUCAAUGAAAACCCUCUGAGAGCCUUGUACCUCAUUGCCGCCAAUGGAACCCCGGAGCUUCAGAACCCAGUGAACCUGUCAGCUAUUUUCCGAGACUUUCUGAACCAUUGCCUUGAAAUGUAUGUGGCGAAGAGAGGUUCUGCUAAAGAGUUGCUACAGCAUCAGUUCCUGAAGAUUGCCAAGCCCCUCUCCAGCCUCACUCCACUCAUUGCUGCAGCAAAGGAGGCAACUAAGAACAAUCACUAAAACCAUGCUCACCCCAGCCUCAUUGUGCCAAGCCUUCUGUGAAAUUAA